AUGUUGGUCCCGGCCGAUCCUUUGGCGCCGCAUCCAACCAAUGCCCACCUGGCAUCCGACAAGCUUUUCGCCAGUGUUAGCUCUGUCGUGUCCAUUGCGACAGUGAAGGCUGCACCCGAGGGAGGCGAGCGUGCGGCGUCCGAGCAGCCGGACAACAGCGAUGACGAGAAGGAUGCCGAUCCCGCGUCGUUGGGUGGUCGAUCACUCGACCCUUUUGCUGGUUUCGCUUUUUCCUCCAGAGGCCACCUGGGCGGUAUCUUCGCCUCCGUCGCAAUCUCUGGCGCCCAGCUAUGGGACAGAAUCGAUUACAAACGCGUGACCUACCAGUCCGCCCCGUCUGGUAUUCAGGCCAUCGAGGAACCGAUUGGAUAUGAAGGGGAGCUGAAACGGUUCCGUUUUGGUAAUGGGGCGAUGAAAGGAGCCUUUGAGUUCAUGGACGAGUCUGGCGCGCCUCUUGUCGCUAAGCGCUUCUAUCGCAUUGACUCGCUCUGCACUCGAACAGUGUCCAACGAGCUCGACCACAUUCUGCUCAAGCUGGAGAUCGCCCGCAACAUCACGUUCAACACCUUCAUCCACGAUUGCAAAGACAGUCUCAAGUAUACGCCAUCCUUCCUCAUCGUCCUGCAGGAUCCUACCCACUCCGCCACCGUUUACGAGUCCCCCCACUCCAGUCGAUUCCAAUCCUGGAUGGUGGAGCAGGACCUGCGCGCAAGCGACCGAACGGAGCGAAAGGUUCUCGGGUCCCGCGACUUUGGCCGGACUGACGCCCCGGACGCUCUCGAGAUGAAGACGCACACGUUCCUCCACUAUGUGUAUGAUUCUUCGCUUAAGCAGAGUAAGAAGCUCGGGAACCGCGACCUCAUCAUGGUCCCUGGGGACAUUCAAGGUUUCCUCGAGCAAGCAGCCCCGACCAGGACGAGCAAAAGAUCCAAGUCGGCCAGAAAGGAGCCGGGUGUCGGUGUCUUUCAUCACUUUGACUGCAGAUUGCGCACUGCCGGGGGCCAAUCUGAGCACGAUGAUGGCGAGGCGUCCACAAUCAACAACUUCUGCGCUAUUCACGAAGAUACCCCCGCCUGCAAAGACCUCAAGCUGUCCUCACUCGGCAGAACCCCGGCCCCGCCUCCGUCGAAGGAGGGCUCUUGGGGCCAGAUGAUCGCUGAUUACAUCUGGACAUGA